AUGGAUCAAAGCAGUGAUGGAACUGUGAAGAAGAUUAGCAAUGUAAAUCUUGACAAACUUAUAGAUGAUUUCUCACAGAUAGAAAAGAAAAUGAUAGAAACUGUUGGAAAGAACAACCUUCUGGAUAUUCAGCUGGAAAAGACUAACAAUUUAUUAAAGAUAAUGCAAACAAGAGAGGCCACAAUAAAAGAAGAAUGUACUACUCUUCAUACUUUGAUAAAAGGGCUACAACAGACUAUACACUAUCAACACAGUUUGAAAGAUGAAAAUGAACAACAAAAAAGAAAUGUUGAUUUUAUGAAGGAGAAGUUAAAAUCUCAUGAGCAGGAAUAUAAGAAUAAUAUUGCCAAACUUAGAAGUGAAAUGAAAAUCAAAGAGGAAGAACAUAAAAUCAAAAUGAGCAAACUUUAUCAGGAUAUGCAGAAACAAGUUGAAUUAAAUGAAGAAAAGCACAAAGAACUAAUGGCAAAGAAGGAGAUGGAAAUAUCAGAAUUAAAUACAAAAUUAAGAACUCAAGAGAAAGAAAAGCAAAAUGAAAUACUCAGACUACAUCUAGAAUUUGACACCAAACUAGCAAGAGCUCAGACUAAAUCAAAAUCAUAUCCAGAUGCUACUAUUUUGCCACAAAGUAUCUACAGAAGGAAACUUCAGCAUCUUCAAGAGGAAAAGAGCAAGGAGAUUGCAAGUCUCCAGAAUACUAUCCGAGACCUGGAGCAGCGCCUCGCAGCUGUCAAAGACUCCCGCUUCACACGGAGACGAUUCUAAGCACAGCACUUAAUUUAUUUGCUACAACUUAAUUUCCUUAAAGGCUUUAAAAAUUCACUUAUGUUUUCAAUGUGAGUGUGAUAACAAUAAAGACACGUACUUUUAAGCUUUUUUUAAUUGCAUUUAUUUAGAUAAAUCUGUACUGUAGCCAACUCUGUACUGCAUUCUUGCUUCAUGGUAUUAGCCAUACUAGAGAUCAGGUUCAUAGGGCUUAGUUUCUCUAUUAAACCAUCAUUGGUUAUGGAAAUACUGUCGUAAGCAGUAUGCAGAUUAACAAUUACUUUCUUCCAUUACUUCUUUCAAGACAGUAAUACGCAGAUGAAUACAACAAUACUAGAUGAAGAAAACAAGAUACACAGAUGUAUGUAGUGAAAAUAAAGCUAAAA